AUGGCGGAGGAACUGUUAAAGGAACACCAUGAGAAAAGCAGCGCGCAGCUCACCAGGUCACUGCUGGCAGUGGCUUUCCUGGCCUCGUUCGGCAGCUCCAUGCUGUACGGCUACAACUUGGCAGUCGUCAACUCUCCCGCGCAGUACAUCAAAGACUUCUACAAUGAGACGAUGAUAGAAACGUACGACUGGGUGCCAGACGAGCGUCUCCUCACCGUCUUGUACUCUCUCACGGUGUCGAUCUUCGCGAUCGGCGGGAUGUCUGGGGCCCUGCUGGUGGGCAAACUUGUAACCAAAUUUGGAAGGAAAGGGACCCUGGUGAGAUCCACCAUGCUGGUGUUCAUAGGAGGAGCUCUGAUGGGCUUCAGCAGGUGGUGCAGAAAUCCAGCCAUGGUCAUUGUUGGACGUUUCAUCACAGGAAUACACUCCGGAAUCUGUCUGAGUGUGGUGCCGAUGUACCUCGGUGAGAUCGCACCCAAGAACCUGCGAGGCUUCCUGGGUCUGGUUCCCAGCAUCCACAUCUGCCUGGGGGUCUUCAUCGCUCAGGUCCUGGGACUGUCCGAGCUGCUGGGGAAGGAGGAGCACUGGCCUGUGCUUCUGUCCCUCAUUGUGUUUCCCACCUCAGUCCAGCUGAUGCUGUUGCCAUGGUUUCCAGAGAGUCCACGGUACCUACUGAUCGAGAAGGAAAACGUGCACGCCACCAUCGCAGCCCUGAAGUGGUUUCGCACUAGAGCAAACAUCCAGGCGGAGGUGGAGGAGAUGCAGGAGGAGCAGCGCUCGCUGUCCUCCAUACAGACCCUGUCGGUCCGCAGCCUGCUGACCGACCGCUGCGUGCGCUGGCAGGUCGUCACCAUCGCCGUGGUCAACGUCGGCAUGCAGCUGUCUGGGAUCGACGCGAUCUGGUUCUACACAAACGACAUAUUCAAGAACGCAGGAAUCCCGGAUCCUUUCAUCCAGUACACCACGGUGGGGACCGGCGCCAUCGAGGUCUUCUCCGGGAUGCUCGGGUGUUUUACCAUCGAGCGUCUGGGCAGACGACCCCUGAUGAUCGGCGGCUUCCUCUUCAUGGGCCUCUGCUGUGCCGGGAUCACUGUGUCCGUCCUCUUACAGCCUCAGCUGUCCCUCAUGCGCUACAUCAGUGUCGGCUGCGUCGUUGGGAUCAUUGCCGGCUUCUGCAUCGGUCCAGCCGGCGUGCCGUUCCUCAUCACCGCCGAGCUCUUCAAGCAGUCCCACCGCCCGGCCGCCUACACCGUGGCCGGGUGUCUCAACUGGCUGUCCAACUUCACCAUCGGCUUCGUGUUUCCCUUCCUCGAGAUUGCCAUGGGUCCUUUCUGCUACCUGCUCUUCUGUGUGAUCUGCUUGGGAGUGGCCCUCUACACCACCUUCAUCAUUCCCGAGACCAAAAACAAGACCUUCAUGGAGAUCAGUCAGAUGUUCGCCGCCAGGAACAACAUCCUGGAGGAAGAGCUGACGUCCAACGGCCACCUGAAGCUGCCUCUGAUGAACCGAUACGGAACGCUGGGCCAGCUGGAGGAGUAA